UCUCUCUGAAGCAGGGAGCAGGUCUGCUGAGCCCUCGGGAGAGACGGGACUCCAAGGAUGCUGGAGCCCACCUGUAACCCCAGGUGGGGGUGACUGAGUGUGCUGGCUGGCGACCUCCCGCCCUGCUUCAGGGGGAGCUGAGGGCUGCCCUGGAGGUCUGCAGGAUGGAGGGGGCGAGUGAGGAAACUCUGGCAUCUGUAUCCAGUCUGGUGACUGUGUUUGAGAAGAGCAGGACGACAGGAGCAGUGCCCAGAGUCCACGGCCUGGAGGCCGGGCAUCAGCAGCCUGGGUGCAGGUCUCCUACACCCGCAGGGCCCUGGGAGAAGCCCACCGUGGAGGAGGCCCUGGAGUCUGGGUCCAGGACGGUCAGCAGGAGGUACCUGAGCUCCCUGAAGAACAAGCUGUCCAGCGGGGCCUGGAGGAAGUCUUACCAGCCCGAGACCUGCCCCGGCUCAGGGACACAGGAGCCUGAGGAGAAGAAGAUUGUCCGGGAGCUGCUGGAGACUGAGCAGGCCUACGUGGCACGCCUCCACCUGCUGGACCAGGUCUUCUUCCAGGAGCUGCUGAAGGAGGCCCGAGGCAGCAAGGCCUUCCCUGAGGAUGUGGUCAGGCUCAUCUUCUCCAACAUCUCCUCCAUCUACCAGUUCCACUCGCAGUUCUUCCUCCCAGAGCUGCAGCGGCGGCUGGAUGACUGGACCACCACCCCCCGCAUCGGUGAUGUGAUCCAGAAGCUGGCGCCCUUCCUGAAGAUGUACAGUGAGUAUGUCAAGAACUUUGAGCGAGCCAUCGAGCUGCUGGCCACCUGGACAGACAAAUCCGCACCCUUCCAGGAGGUUAUCACCCGCAUCCAGAGCAGCGAGGCCUCAGCUAGCCUGACCCUGCAGCACCACAUGCUGGAACCUGUGCAGAGAAUCCCACGCUACGAGCUGCUGCUCAAGGAGUAUGUCCAGAAGUUGCCAGGCCAGGCCCCAGACCUGGCUGAUGCCCAGAAAGCCCUUGACAUGAUCUUCUCUGCUGCUCAGCACUCCAACGCAGCCAUCACUGAAAUGGAGCGGCUGCAGGAACUGUGGGAAGUGUACCAGCGCCUGGGCCUGGAGGACGACAUAGUCGACCCCUCCAACACCCUGCUCCGCGAGGGCCCCGUCCUCAAGAUCUCCUUCCGCCGCAGCGGCCCCAUGGAGCGCUACCUUUUCUUGUUCAACAACAUGCUGCUGUAUUGCGUGCCCAGGGUCAUCCAGGUGGGCGCCCACUUCCAGGUCAGGACCCGCAUCGAUGUGGCCGGCAUGAAGGUGCGGGAGCUGACUGACGCAGAGUUCCCCCACUCCUUCCUGGUGUCCGGGAAGCAGCGAACCCUGGAGCUUCGAGCCCGGUCCCAGGAGGAAAUGAUCUCCUGGUUGCAGGCCUGCCAAGCUGCCAUUGACCAAAUCGAGAAGCGGAAUGAAACCUUCAAGGCUGCAGUCCAGAGCCCUGAGGCAGACCCCCAGGAGCAGGAGCUGCAGUCCAUGGAGCUGGGCCUCCGGGCGCCCCAGUGGGUGCGGGACAAGAUGGUGACCAUGUGCAUGCGCUGCCAGGAGCCCUUCAACGCCCUGACGCGCCGCCGCCACCACUGCCGGGCCUGUGGCUACGUGGUGUGUGCCAGGUGCUCGGACUACCGGGCGGAGCUCAAGUACGAUGCCAACAGGCCCAACCGAGUCUGCUUGGACUGCUACACCUUCCUCACGGGAAACGUGCUCCCUGAGGAAAAGGAGGACAAGAGACGGGGCAUCCUGGAGAAAGGAGCCGUGGCGGGGUCUGAGCAGAGCCUCAUAUGCAGCUUUCUGCAGCUCCUGGGGGACAAGUGGGGCAAGAGCGGGUCCCGGGGCUGGUGUGCCAUCCCCCGGGAUGACCCCCUUGUGCUCUACGUCUAUGCUGCCCCUCAGGACAUGCGGGCCCACACCUCCAUCCCCCUGCUGGGCUACCAGGUGACCGCUGGGCCCCAGGCGGACGCCCGGGUCUUCCAACUGCAGCAGUCAGGCCAGCUCUACACCUUCAAAGCCGAAAGCGAGGAGCUGAAGGGCCGCUGGGUGAAGGCCAUGGAGCGGGCGGCCAGCGGCUGGAGCCCUGGGGAGUCCGGUGACAAGGACCUGUCUGACUGAGCCACGUGCCAGCCCCUCUCCUCCGCAGAGCCCCACUCCUGCCUGCGGGCUGAGACUGCGGCUGACCCGCCGCCCCCAGCUGAGCUUUCAAAGAAUCAAUCUGCAGUCUUCUGUCUUCAGCCCGUGUGCCCUGAUUUGAGAUUCCGAAAACAUGGGUCCGUUCCUCUGGGGAGGGGGUGAAGAAGCAUAUCCCGGCUUAACCAGGGCCGAGGGGGUUCCUGGGAUGUGGGACUGUCAGUUCUAAAACUAGUAAAGUCCCAGGUAACCCAUGACUGUUGGUCACCAAGGUGAUUCUCAGCCCAGGCCGUGCAUGAACGGACAGAAAAAUAAAGAUAAAAAUAAGUUAAAAAU